UGUCUCGUCUCUUUCUUCAAUUCUCACUUCAUUUCCUUCAAUUAUUUCUCAAUCUCUGCCACUGCCAAUGUGAGGUAUAGUUUAAAUGUUCCUCAGUCGGCAUUGGCUGGUGGUAGGUUUCUUACACCUUCCCCUUCAAAUUAUCUUCCCUGUCUCCAUCACUAUAAAUACUUUCCUGCGAAUUUCUUGAUUUUUCAGACAAAUUCGUGAUGAGGUUCUCACUGUUUAUCCUAAAGUAAUUUACCCUUUUGCUCUUUUGGAUUUAUUUUGCCUUUUUCCUGCGAAUUUCUUGAUUCUAGGGACAAAUUCGUGACGGGGUUCUCACCGUUCAUCCAAAAGUGAUUACCCUUUUCCUCUUUCUCUAUUUUUCUUCAUGCCCCAACGAUUCUGGGAUCUUCUGUACUAGAUUUUGAUUCUGGGAAUUUAGAAAACAUCUCUGAGGUUCUGAUGGAAGCGACUUCUCCAGUUCGUCGCGUGCUUUUCAUCUCCGCGGGUGCUAGUCAUUCGGUUGCUCUUCUUUCUGGAAAUAUUGUUUGUUCUUGGGGACGUGGAGAAGAUGGUCAAUUAGGUCAUGGAGAUGCUGAAGAUCGAUUUUCACCAACACAAUUGAGUGCAUUGGAUGGCCAUGAAAUAGUAUCUGUUACUUGUGGAGCUGAUCAUACAACAGCUUAUUCUGAAGCACGAACAGAAGUUUAUAGUUGGGGAUGGGGUGACUUUGGGAGGUUAGGUCAUGGUAAUUCUAGUGAUUUGUUUACACCGAAGCCAAUUAAAGCAUUGCAUGGUCUUAAAAUAAGGCAAAUUGCUUGUGGAGAUAGCCACUGCUUGGCGGUAACUAUGGAAGGCGAGGUGCAGAGUUGGGGAAGGAAUCAAAAUGGUCAACUUGGUCUUGGUACCACUGAAGACUCUCUUGUGCCGCAGAAAAUCCAAGCAUUCGAGGGAAUACCAAUAAAAAUGGUAGCUGCAGGUGCUGAACAUACUGCUGCUGUCACGGAAGAUGGGGAGCUCUUUGGAUGGGGCUGGGGCCGGUAUGGAAACUUGGGGUUAGGUGACAGAAAUGAUCGAUUGGUGCCCCAGAAAGUUUCUUCUGUUGAUGGUGACAAGAUGGUGAUGGUUGCUUGUGGAUGGCGGCAUACGAUAUCAGUUUCCUCCUUGGGCGGAUUAUACACCUAUGGAUGGAGCAAAUAUGGACAACUAGGACAUGGAGAUUUUGAGGAUCGCCUUGUGCCUCACAGGCUAGAAGCAUUGUGUGGAGAUAAUAUUUCUCAGAUAUCAGGUGGUUGGAGGCAUACAAUGGCACUUACAACUGAUGGAAAACUGUAUGGAUGGGGCUGGAACAAGUUUGGGCAGGUUGGAGCUGGUGAUAACAUUGAUCAUUGCUCUCCGAUACAAAUAAAGUUCCCCCAGGACCAGAAAGUAAUUCAGAUCUCAUGUGGAUGGAGGCACACACUGGCUGUUACUGAUAAGCAAAAUGUGUUUUCUUGGGGUAGAGGUACAAAUGGACAGCUUGGACAUGGAGAGUCAGUUGAUCGGAACACACCAAUGAUCCUCGAAGCUUUGAGCGUAGAUGGUUGUAGUGGUCAACAGAUUGAAUCCUCAAACGUAGAUCCAUCUUCAGGAAAAACUUGGGUAUCGCCAACAGAAAGAUAUGCAAUUGUUCCUGAUGAACCUGUACAGGGGCCAUCAACAUCUGUUAGGGGUAACGGGAGUGAUGCCAACGUUCCCGAAAACGAUGUAAAAAGGUUACGUGUCUGAUUUGCUAUGGGUUUGAAAACGAUGUGGAAAGAUGUUAGCGGCACUGAUUCACUGAUUAUUGUAAAUUCUGUGUAUUUUGUUAGAAAUUUAGUGGGUAGGGGUAAGGGAGCUAUAACAUACAUAAGCCAUGUGAGAGUUUAACCCACAGUUUUUGGGUCUAAAUGUUCUACUUUUAUUUUGUUUGGGUUUUUAAAUAGCCUUCAGUUCUAAAUGUUAUUUGCUUUGUUUAGAACAAUGACUUUCCUGCUUUUUAUGGCAUGAAAAUUAGUAACCUAUCUACCCAAAA